AUGGCACCUGCAUUUUCCAAACUCGAGAGAGGCGAGCUACUGCGGACUCUGAGAGCCCAUCUGCUUACCAGAUCGGCGGUGGCAGGAGCGCUGGUUGCGUUGACGGGCUGGCUCUUCGCGUCGCAGCUUGGCCUGUUUUUUCUAAACUGGAGAGAGCCUGCUGCAGAUGUGUAUGCGGUCGAGUCUCUUGCGUCGGCUGUGGUUCCUGUUGGUGAGGGAGCUUUGAGUGGUGCGGAGAUCAAUGGGUUUGGCGAUGCGCUAUCUGAGGAGGUGUUUGCUGGGUUGAAGGCUAUUGACACCUCCACUUUCUCUUCUGAAAUUCUGCAAUGCCUAGCCCGUUUGCGAGAGAUCACGCCAACCCUGACGCCCGAGCAAAUCAACUCCUGUGCUACAGCCCACGAGCCCAUGAACGAACUUUCCAAGACCCGCGUGAUGCUUCAGAUUAUGGCGGUUGGAGUUUUGGGCUCUGUAGCGCUUGGGGCUUCGCCUUUUGUCUGGCGCUGGUUUGCGAAUCGGGGGUAUAAGUUGUUUGGGCCUGCAAGAAUGAACGACGAUGCUGGGACUAGCGAGCCGGAUGUGAAUAGUGCUCCUGAAUCUGAUACCACUACAACCGUUGUUGCGAAUGAGGAGCCGGUAGCUGAAGAAAAGCCGGCUUCACCCGAAGCACCUGCGGACUCUGUCCAAGAACCAUCCGAGGUCCCGGUCAAGGUUGCCCCCGAGACCCCUCUUCGCGCUCCAUACUCGUUGGCUGCCGCACCAAACAUGUCACCUCCAAUGCGCCCAACCGCGCGGAUUGUUUCCUCACCGCCGACGGUGCUGAUUGAUGAAGAACACGUGCGCGCAAUCGCUCUCGCCAGUUCAGCUGCCACCGCCGAGCUCUCGAACGCACUCCUCCGGCAGCUGCAAACCGGUCUCCAGGGAAAUAACCGCGAGAUCGAGCUAUUGAAGGAGAAAAUUCUCGAGGUCGCGCAGACUGCAAAGUCGGAUUCUAGGAACUUGCAAGGCCGGCUGAACAGGGGUGGCGAUGUCAGACGCGAGCUUGAGAAGCUUAGAGAGGCUAUUGGGAGGUUGUGGCAGUGGGUGUAUCAGCUGUCGCAGGAUUUGCAGCUUGCCAGCUUUAAUCCUCCGCAAUACCCCGACGAUGGAUUUUAUCACAACGAGCAGGAAGCAGGCAAAGCACCAGGCCCGAUGCGCGGCCCACCGUCUAUGAGCGAAGCAAACCGGUGUAUACUGACCGUUGAUGGCGUGCAAUUCAAUCUGGGAACCCCCGCGGGACGCGAUCAAUGGAACGCAUACCUGGCAUCGCGCAACGUCGCUAUGAAUGCCGGCGGGCAGGAGGCGAUGGCACCUCCGAACCCGUAUAUGAUGGACCAGCAGCAUAUGAAUCACUACAACCAGUACAUGUUUCAGCAGCAAGAGCAGCAAGCUUACAGUUGUAACCACGAGCAACGAGUGAGACCUCAGAUGGUCCCGAGAAGUGAAGAAGGUGGCUCCCAACAGCGCGGAAGGACAGGACACCCGGCCGACGACGCAAAGUACUACGCGAUCGAGCUCUCCAACGGCUCCGAGGGCUCGAAUGAAGACGGUCUGCCGACCGAUGACGAGCAUUCAUCAGCGGCUCGACCGAAGCUCAGCGUCGACACUCGCGCAGCGGCAAAACAGGAAGGCGCGGCGUCGGAGAAGUCUGCGCUGAGUCCUGAGAUCGUCAUGGCGCAGGCAGAACACCCGGUCAUCGUUGCCGCGGCCGAUCGCAGCAAGCGAGAUCUGCUGAGCGCGACAAGCGAAGCCAAAUGCCUAUGGGACAAAUCCGACCUAGCGGCGAUGCGCAUGCGCGCGUUCCGCAGCGCCUCCGGCGGCGAUCUUCCGUAUGACAGUGAGCGGCCGUUGUCGGGCGGCGGCGUGAGCGAUUCGCAGACGUCGAUCAUGACGGCGACUACUGUGCGCGAUACGCAGAGUGUGCCGUCGUCGCCGUUUGCUGCUGAUGAUUUGGCGAUGCCGCGGUAUGUGACGCAGCAGAGACGGAACUCGCCGACUGCUUCUAGAUCGCCGAGGCCGCCGUCGCCGACGUCUCAGAUGCGGCAGCUACAGCAGCAGCAGCAGCAGCAGCAGAGAGGACAAUCGUCCAGGUCUCAGCAGAAUGCGCACAAGAAGAGUCCAACAGGUGAACGGGGUAGCAACAGCAACAGCAACGCCAGCAAUGGUACCAAGAAACCAUACCUCACCGCAGCAAAGUCACCGCUGAAUAACGUCGGCGAGGGGAACAAGCGGCAACUAGGCUACAACGGCAAGAACAACAACAACGCGAGCAACUCCGGCGGGAUCCCGACGAGAUCAAAGACGGCGUGGGAGAAGCAGGGAACUGGAAAUGAUGUUUCUGCAAAGAACUGA